AUGCAGUCUUAUCGGUCUCGUUGUAUUCAAGAGGGAGAUGUUAAAGUUUGUGAUAUUUUGGGAUCAACUGUAACGAAAUUAAUCUGGGGUAGUGAACCUGUAACAACUGCAACAAAACUACAACAAUUUGUCGAUGGUAGUGGACCUAUAACGACUGUAACAAAACUACACCAAUCUAUUGAGGGUAGUGAACCUAUAACGACUGUAACAAAGUCACAACAAUCUAUUGAGGGUAAUGGAUCAAUAAGGACUGUAACAAAGCCACAGCAAUCUAUUGAGGGUAAUGGAUCAAUAACAUCUGUAACAACGCCACACCAAUUUAUUGCGAGUAGUGGAACAGCAACAUCUGUAACGAAACCACACCAAUUUAUUGAGGGUAGUGGACAAAUAACAUCUGUAACGAAACCACAUCAAUUUAUUGCGGGUAGUGGACCAAUAUCAUCUGUAACAACGCCACACCAAUUUAUUGCGGUUAGUGCACCAAUAACAUAUGUAACAACGCCACACCAAUUUAUUGCGGGUAGUGGAACAGCAACAACUGUUACUAAACCAAUAAAUCCAUCCACUGAGAAUACUUUAUGGAUAACAGAUGUAUAUUCUGUACAAAAUAGUGCCAGGUCACGACCCCCAAAAAUUUCCACAAUUGCUGUAUUGGUAUUGUCAUUUCACACUUUACCCACAUAG